CACAGGGCUUCUCUAUGGCCUUAUGGACCCUUCUAGUCCUCGCAUUCCUUCUCCAUGGUUUCUCCAGGGCCGCUCUACCCUCCACGUUUCCUCUCUAUGGUCCCUCACGCGGUGCAGCCUAGGAACGGGAGCGGGAUGUGGCGGCUGCAGGGGCUGCUGAGCCGAGCCCUUCACCGCCUCCAUGUGCUGAACGCUUCAAGCUCUGUCCAUGGGAUCCCAACCCUCCCUGGCAAUGAGGAGCUCCGUAACACCACCUCAGCACUCAGUGCUGGACAGACACCAACUGAACAGAGGCAGAGCUGGGAGGAAGAGAAUGUGCAGCAGUCCUUGGACCUGCAGGCUCACUACACAGUACUGGAUGCUUUCACCUGGGGUGCAUUAACUGUGCUUGCUCUGCAGCUGGCCAGGCAGAUCCCAUGGCUGAGUCAUGUACCAGGGGCAGGAAGAGAGGGCAGGCAUCCCUGGGUGGGCAGGCUCCUCCCUUCUGUGCUACCCCAUCAGUACUCAGCGCCAGCUGCUGGCUCAUGCACAUGCCACAAUAACCAGAGGGUACCCUGCUUCAUGGUGAAAGGAAUUCCAGACACCGCGUCAGGGAAUCCAUCCCCUGGCAUCCCCUCAGGGAAAGGAGAGUACCAAAUGUGCCCAGAAACAGAGGAGUGCCCAUUCCCUGAGAGCUGGAGCACCAGUCUGGAGCCAGCCCACUGCAGUGCACAAGGGCUGUCAUUUUCCACUCUGCAGGGGAAAUCAGCACGGCAGGGAUGCCAGGUGUUCCGGGUCAGCGUUUCCAUUGCGCUCAAUAUCCUUGCUUAG